UCUCGAUUCUCGAUUCGAUAUUUAUCGGUGUACUUCUUGCUUACUCCUGUGUCUCCUGUAUUGUUGCAAAAGUAAUUGUCAUGGCUUCGGAGCGGUACAGUUUUUCGUUAACCACUUUCAGUCCAUCGGGCAAGCUAGUGCAGAUAGAAUAUGCUCUGGCUGCGGUAGCCGCCGGUGCCCCGAGCGUGGGUAUCAAGGCGUUGAACGGCGUCGUUCUCGCCACCGAGAACAAGCACAAAUCUAUCCUCUAUGAUGAGCACAGUGUCAGUAAAGUCGAAAUGAUUACAAAGCAUAUCGGCAUGGUUUAUAGCGGCAUGGGUCCAGACUAUAGAUUGUUGGUAAAGCAAGCGCGAAAAAUGGCACAACAGUAUCUCCUGGUUUAUCGGGAACCUAUCCCGACUGCGCAGCUCGUUCAACGCGUUGCAAUGGUCAUGCAAGAAUAUACACAAUCUGGAGGUGUCAGGCCCUUUGGAGUGUCUCUUCUGAUUUGUGGUUGGGACAAUGAUAGGCCCUAUCUAUUCCAAUGCGAUCCGUCUGGCACGUAUUUUGCAUGGAAAGCAACUGCAAUGGGUAAAAAUUUCAUCAAUGGUAAAACAUUUCUCGAAAAAAGGUACAGCGAGGAUCUGGAAUUGGACGAUGCUGUUCACACUGCCAUUCUUACACUGAAAGAAGGUUUUGAAGGUCAAAUGACUGCAGAUAAUAUCGAAGUUGGCAUUUGCGACGCAAAUGGAUUCAGAAAGUUGGAUCCUUCCAAUGUUAAAGAUUAUCUUGCCAAUAUUCCUUAAACUUAAGUUUUUUUUUGUAAUGUAUUAUGGAAGUAAAACUUUGCAAUCGUUAAUGCAUUCAAAUCAUAUUAUAAUAAAUUUUCUCAUCCAAUAUAAAAAGAACCAGAGAUUUUUUCAAUGAUAAUAUAGAAACCAUUUUGAAUUUUGUAACAAUUAUCCACUAUAAUAUACACAUAUAUGUUACACAGUUUUGUAAAAUUAAUCUUUUUAUGUAGCAUUAAAUCUUGAUGAGUUAACUUCUUAUAAACAGCCUAGGCUUUUCAUAAAAACGAUGAAUUGAUGGCUUUAUUCCAAAAUUACUGCCAAUACUGAAAAUCUAUAAUUCAUGUAACGUAUAUUAUAGAUUUUUAAUACUGGCAGUGAAUUUUGGAACACGACCUUCAUAUAAAAAAUCUGUGACAUAUAUGUACUUAGAAUAUACGAAAAAAAUUAUAUAAAUUAUAUAAUUUUUUUUGACAAUUGGUAAUUAGUAAUUAUUAUCACUAAUCACUUGAACAGUAAGUAAUUUACACAGAGUUUAAUAAUAUAAUUAUAAAAAUAUUAAAGAAAGAGAGAAAGUGCAUGUUUUUAUGUAUGUUAGAAAUGUAGACUUUUUAUUCUUUUUUUAUAUUAUCUCUAUAUUAUACGUGAUUUUUCAGAUAUUUCAAACUUUUGAAGUAUACAUGCGAAAUAAUAAAUAAAUUUUGAAUUUUA